AUCAUUUUCUUGUGCACUGUAAAUCUUUAAUUCCUUUGGUAAUCAAUUAUAGUUUAGAAGGCAAUGCUAUACGGCACUGAUCCAAAGAAGAUGGAACUAAUCGGUAGUAGUUCAAAUGCCCAUCAGAAUCACUCUUCAGAGAGCUCACACGAUGCCAGCAAAGAGAAUUUGACAGAGAAAGAAGUCUAUGCAAACCAUGCUGAGUUAGCCUGGUGUCAAAUGAGGACAGAAUGGGUUGGUGAUCAAUCAAAAAAAUUACAGAGACCACCUAAAGAUUCAACUAUAAGCCAGACAACUUCUUAUGAGGAUGUACUUUUAUCUAAAGACCCUUUUCAACAACUAAUACCAUUAGCUGAGAUGGUAAAUUUUUUAGUUAAAACUUGGCUUGAGGAAGGUCUCUAUGAUUAGAUUACAGGUAAUUCUACUGUAAAUUUCAGCAAGAAUCUUGCACAGUUUUAUUUGUCCUCGGAUGCCGUGG